AUGGCGGAGAUCAAGAUUGAUAGUAGGCUCUUCCAAGAGCGCAUCAAUUCCUUUGUCACAUCAUGGAAAAAUGACUUGCGAGCCAAGGACGGCGGCCUUUUUCAGGGCGCCUCCUCCCUGGUCAUUCUCAUGGGCAAGGUUGAAGAGGUUCCCGAGUUCCACAAGAACAACGCCAUGCAUUUUUGGCUUCUCGGAUACGAGUUCCCGACGACUCUGAUGCUCUUCACCACAGAGACUCUAUACAUUCUUACCACGCCCAAGAAAGCCAAACAUCUUGAGCAGCUCAAGGGUGGCCGAUUUCCCAUUGAAAUUCUCUCCAAGGGAAAAGAUGCCGAUGAGAAUGCCAAGCUGUGGAAAACAAUCGCCGACAAGAUCAAUGAAUCUGGAAAGAAAGUUGCUACCAUCACUCGAGACACGUCUAAGGGGCCCUUCGUCGACGAGUGGAAAAAGAUUUUUGCCGAGGACUGCAAGGACAUCGAACAAGUUGAUGCCUCUUUGGCCCUCUCCACCUACGCCUUUUCCGUAAAGGAUGAAAACGAGCUACGCGCCAUGCGAACCGCUUCUAAAGCUUGCGUUGCUUUAAUGACGCCAUACUUUCUGGACGAAAUGUCCAGCAUUCUCGAUGCCGAGAAACAAGUCAAGCACUCCGCGCUUGCAGACAAGGUCGACAAGAAGCUCGAUGACGACAAGUUUUGGAAGACUGUGCAACUUCCUAACAACACAAAGCUGCCGGCUGAUCUCGAUGUCACGCAGCUUGACUGGAUUCUCGGACCCGCCAUUCAGAGUGGUGGCAAGUUUGAUCUGCGAUUCGCCUCCGACUCCAACGAUGACAACCUGCAUCCUGGUAUCAUUGUCGCCGCCAUGGGAUUGCGAUAUAAGUCGUACUGCUCCUCGAUUGCCCGCACGUACCUGGUCGAUCCGAACAAAUCGCAGGAGAACAACUACAAGCUUCUCUAUCAGAUUCACAACGCUGUUAUUCAGGAGCUACGCGACGGUGUUGUUGCCAAGAAUGUCUACGCCAAGGCUCUUAGUAUCAUCAAAAGCAAGAGUCCCACAAUGGAGAAGCACUUCCUCAAAAACGUUGGCUGGGGUGUUGGCCUUGAGAAUCGAGACUCGACUCUGGUUCUCAGCGCCAAGAAUCAACGUACUCUCAAGGACGGCAUGACUUUGGUCAUCAACACUGGGUUCCAAGAUAUUGAAAACCCGCAACCCCAGGACAAGAACUCCAAGACCUAUUCGCUUGUGCUCAACGACACCGUCCGUGUCAGAAGCGCCGAGCCGAUUGUCUUCACCUCCGAAGCCCCUACCAGUGCCGAUGCCAAUUCUUUCUUCUUCAAAGAUGACGAGGAGGAGCAGCCGACACCAAAAAAGGAGAAGCGCGACUCUCGUGUUGGGGCUGUUGCCACAAAGAAUAUUACCAGCACAAGACUUCGUUCAGAGCGGUCUACUCAAGUGGACGACGGUGCCGAGGCCAAGCGCCAAGCCCAUCAAAAAGAGCUUGCUGCUAAGAAGCAAAGAGAGGGUCUUAUCCGAUUUUCAGAGGCCAAGAGCGACAAGAAUGGUUCCGAGGUCAAAAAGUUCAAGCGUUUUGACUCUUACAAGAGGGACGACCAGUUCCCAGUGCGUGUCAAAAAUUUGGAAAUUAUUGUUGACACCAAGAACGCUACGGUUGUGCUUCCCAUCAUGGGUCGGCCAGUGCCGUUCCACAUCAACACGAUAAAAAAUGCAAGCAAGAGUGAUGAGAAUGAUUUCUCAUUCCUCCGCGUCAACUUCUUAUCACCCGGACAGGGUGUUGGCCGCAAGGAUGACCAGCCUUUUGAAGAUGCCAAUGCCCACUUUGUGCGCAGCUUGACAUUUCGUUCAACGGAUGGCGAUCGAUAUAGCGAGAUUGCGACGCAAAUUUCCAACUUGAAGCGCGACGCUGUCAAGAAGGAGCAAGAAAAGAAGGACAUGGAGGAUGUCGUCGAACAAGACAAGCUCACAGAAAUUAGGAAUCGUCGACCCGCGGUCUUGGACAACGUCUACAUCAGACCAGCGAUGGAGGGUAAGCGCGUACCUGGCAAGGUUGAGAUUCACCAGAACGGUAUCCGCUACCUCUCGCCGCUCAACGCCCAGCACCGUGUGGAUAUCCUUUUCUCCAACGUCAAGCACCUGUUUUUCCAGCCGUGCCAGCAUGAACUCAUUGUCAUCAUUCACAUCCACCUCAAGGACCCUAUCAUCGUCGGCAACAAGAAGAAGACAAAGGAUGUCCAAUUCUACCGCGAAGCAACUGACAUCCAGUUUGACGAGACUGGCAAUCGGAAACGCAAGUAUCGCUACGGUGACGAGGAUGAGUUUGAGGCCGAGCAAGAAGAGAGACGACGUCGCGCCGAACUCGACCGACUAUUCCAGGGAUUCGCUCAAAAGAUUGCCGAGGCCGGCCGCAGCGAGGGCAUCGAAGUGGACAUGCCCAUCAGGGAUCUCGGAUUCCACGGUGUGCCAUUCAAGAGCAACGUCUUUAUCCAGCCCACGACGGAUUGCCUGAUUCAGGUGAUAGAGCCACCUUUCAUGGUUGUCACGAUUGAGGAUAUUGAAAUUGCGCAUCUCGAACGUGUCCAGUUUGGUCUCAAGAAUUUCGACAUGGUCUUUGUCUUCAAGGACUUUACGCGCCCGCCAUAUGCCGUCAAUACCAUCCCCGUCGAGUCCCUCGACCAAGUCAAGGAUUUCCUCGACUCCUCCGACAUUGCCUUCAGCGAGGGCCGCCUGAAUCUCAACUGGCCCACGAUUAUGAAGACGGUUACGGCCGACACCCACCAGUUCUUUGUCGACGGCGGUUGGUCCUUUUUGCAGGCCGAAUCGGACGACGAGGAUGCGGAGGAGGAGUCGGAGGAGUCGGCUUUCGAGGUUGACGAAGGCGACCUGGACGCGGCGUCGGAGUCGAGCGAAGACGAUUCGGAGUAUGGUAGCGACGCGAGCGACGACGACGACGAUGGCGACGCCGAGAUUGACUCGGACGAGGAGGGCGAGGACUGGGACGAGCUCGAGAAAAAGGCCAAGAAGCGCGACAGAGAGAGCGGCCUAGAUGACGAGGAGCGCGGCGCCAGCAAAAAGCGCAGAAAGUAG